CGGAAGCGGGUCUUUCUCUUCCGGCGGGAGACGAAGCGCGGCUGUGGGUUGAGGAGGCGAUCCGGCGCCACAGAGAGAGAGAGAGGGAAACAUGAGUCUGUUAAACAAGCCAAAGAGUGAGAUGACUCCCGAGGAGUUGCAGAAGAGAGAGGAAGAGGAGUUUAAUACGGGGCCCCUCUCUGUUCUGACACAAUCUGUCAAAAAUAACACACAGGUCCUUAUUAACUGCCGGAACAAUAAGAAGCUGCUUGGCAGAGUCAAGGCCUUUGACAGGCAUUGCAACAUGGUGUUAGAAAACGUGAAGGAGAUGUGGACCGAGGUACCCAAGAGCGGAAAAGGAAAGAAGAAGUCAAAACCCGUCAACAAGGAUCGAUACAUCUCUAAGAUGUUCCUUCGAGGGGACUCUGUGAUUGUCGUACUUAGGAACCCACUGAUCACAGGCAAAUGAACGCCAUUUUCUGAAAGAUGUAACUUAUCACAUGGCAUAAGCAACAAGAGUUAGGUUUUUGGUUUUAUUGUCUGUGUCAUUUCCCCACUGAUAUCUGUUUAGUGUCAUUUGUAAUAAAAACUCUAUCAUUUUGA